CUCAGCAGACGGUAAAAAUAAGGUGCCUGGCAAUUUAAAUGGUUUUUGACCUGUCAAACAUGCUUCGAACAGUAAUUCGAAUAGGCAAAAUCAAUCAACUUUCUAAAAGCACUUAUGCUGGCACAUACGCUGUAUAUAAUAGAGGGCUACAUUCUACAAAGACAACAUCAGAUAACUUUAUAAUCACUAAUGAAGAAACCAUCGUGGACGGUAAAAGACUCGUUCGUGAUGACUGGACCAAUGUCACACCGACUGUACUUUCGAAAAUUCAUAGAAAGUUACACUUACAACCACAGAAUCCUAUUUCAAUCAUUCGUCAAUUGAUUGAAGCCAACUUUAAAGAUUUCAAAACGUUCAACGAUAUAAGUCCUAUUGUGACGACCAAACAAAACUUUGAUGAUUUGUAUAUCCCUCAGGAUCAUCCUAGUCGAAGCAAGUCAGACAACUACUAUUUCAACAAGGAUACCGUGCUUCGAGCUCAUACAUCAGCACAUCAGCUUGACGGUUUAGCUUCGGGAGAGAGUAAAUUCUUGAUUAGUGGUGAUGUCUAUCGUCGAGACGAGAUUGAUUCAUCUCACUAUCCUGUAUUUCAUCAGAUUGAAGGAUUUUUUUAUGUGGAUAACGAUGUCAAAAAGCUAACGAAUGAACUUGCACUUAUUCAGAGUAAAGAGACACCCAACAUUGAAUUAGUGGAUGAUACAAUCAUCAAGCCAGAGAACCCAAUUCAGGAAUGCCAUCGUUCGGAAUCAGUGGAUUUGAUAUCUGCUCACUUAAAACACUCAAUCAAUUCAAUGAUACGUAAUUUAUUUGCUGAUGAGCCUGACUUGAAGGUCAGAUGGAUUGAUGCUUACUUUCCAUUCACAAGCCCCAGUUGGGAAGUAGAGAUCUUGUAUAAAGGAGAAUGGUUAGAAGUACUUGGUUGUGGUGUUGUAAAUCAAAAGAUCAUGAAUCAAGCAGGAUUGAAUGAUAAGAUAGGGUGGGCAUUUGGUAUGGGUCUAGAAAGAUUGGCCAUGGUACUGUUUGGUAUACCAGACAUUCGAUUGUUUUGGUCAGAGGAUAGUCGAUUCAUUGAACAGUUUACUCCUGGAAAGAUUAAUAAGUUUGUGCCAUUCUCCAAAUAUCCACCAUGUAUAAAAGAUAUAUCAUUUUGGUUGCCUGAAGGACAAUGGAAUGAGAAUGACUUUUGUGAGUUAGUAAGAGGCAUUGCUGGUGAUAUUGUUGAAAAUGUGUGCUUGAUUGAUGACUUUGUUCAUCCCAAGACUAAAAGACGCAGUUUAUGCUAUCGUAUCAAUUAUAGAUCCAUGGACAGAAAUGUAACAAAUGAAGAGAUUAAUGAAAUACAAGAGAGAGUACGUCAAGUUGUCCAAAAGGAAUGCAGAGUUGAACUGAGAUAAAAAAAAAAAAGACCCGUCUGACAAAAAAAAAAAAAAAAAAAAAAAAAA